AGGGAGGUCAGAGUAGAAAUCGCAACGGGCAAAGUAGCAGCAGACAUUACUCUCAGCACUGCCAUCGAGGACGAACUUCGAGGGCAGAUGGCUCUGGACAUAGCCUCUGCCAUCGAGUUCAACAGGCAGCUCACGUGUGUCGCCAUGUGCGCACUCACCAGCAGCCUGUGGGACGAGGCCCAUCCUCUGGACCUCGCCACUAUGGUGGUCGCCUACAUGUCUGAAGCUGCCAUCAAGUACCUCUUCGGCUCAGGCGACGCUUCCCAAGUGGAAGCCGCCAAAUCGCAUCAAAGUGCUGGAGUCUACAGCCUGGUGCAAAGCUUCGACGCGGAGCGAUGCGGCGUCGACGUUGGCAAGUCGAACGUCAGCGUGAGCAAGCGAAUAAAUGCGCACAGAGCAGCAGUUGCAAAGUCGAAGCAGUCAACGCUGUAUCAAGCUCUCAAGGCAUUCCAAGGUCGACCAUUUUACGAGAUUUUGCUCGUCGGAUUCCCAGUCAGUGACCCUGACUGGUUCCGACGCCUCUGGACUCGUCUAUGCCCUAUCACUGCGGCCAGUUGGGAGCAGCCCCUUGACUCUGGGGACAUCAGAGAGACCUUCACUUCGCUGGUAGAGGCGAGCUUCAUCGCUCUGCGGCAGAGCUUCCCGAAGAACGAGCAGUACACCGAAGAACGUACUGCUAUUUUUGGAGCUCUCGCCGGAGUCAAGGGACUAAAUGAGACGCCAGGCACCGAGGACACGGUCAACAAGAGCCGAGGUGGCCGACAAUUCUACGCCGGCGCCGGACUGCAUCCCGCAGUCGAUCGUCUUCAAAGUCAUCUGACGAACGAGGUCCGUGGAAAGGCGGGCGGCCUCCCGCAGCCGAAGCUGAAAAGCCACAAGUACACAUCCAAGAAGAAGGACUUAACGCUGAAUGGCUAUCUCCGGACGUGCCAAGCCCGAAUGUUCCAACAAUUGCUACGCGUGGCUGUUCGUUCUGCGGCACCUGAUUGGUUUCGAAAGCUGUGGCAGGAUCUUUGCCAGCAAAAUGGACCGAGCCUACAACCUCAACCGUCAUCAGAUCCACCUUUGUGAUCUCGCGACGGACGCAUCUUUGGCCCCUCCCCCAGGCCUUCGUCAACUGGUGGAGGGCACUCGGGUAGGCGCGUUACAGAGCCUUCAGUCGAUAGGGAAGAGAAGCAAGAUGAUGACUGGUUCCUCGCUGCUGCUGGAGGCAUACAGCAGAACGAGAGCCGAGAUCAGAUGAUUCUCGACUUGGCCGUCACCAUCGAAU